UAUCAUAAAUAUCAUAAAACGCUCUCAAUCUUGAUCGCAUCGGAUAUGGUCGAUAAUGUCGGCGUUCUUUAAUUAUCUCCGUCGCACAAAUGUGUGUACCCAUGAUUUUUCGCGUCACGUUUCGUCGACGACUGUUGUGCGGCGCAGUAAAUUUCUGAGCGCCAAGUUACACGUGACUACGCGUCGAAUUGAUGGUGAUCUCUGCGAUUUUUUUAUCAAAAUAUACGGAUAAGAUAAAUAAACCGAAUAACGGCAAAUCGAAACAUAGAGUGACUCAGAGUCAUUAAACACAAACGACAGCGUGCCGGCUAUUUUUUUCAUUGAUGACGUUUCAUCGAUGACGCCGUUGAUUAAUUGAAGGAUUGAAACUUAACAAUCCUUACUAUUAUCGCAGUGCAACGACGGCCAGGUGCUCAAACACGCCGUGACCAUCAACGUCUCGCCCAACGAUGAAAUGACGAUUACUCCGAGACCAUUUUCCAGUAUUAGGUGGCACCAUGUUAUAUGAAACCUGCUGGAAGCGCUCGUUGGCAAGCUCUUGAAUUGGGAAACAGUGUGCCGAUAAAGCCAGGCGACGUUUGCUCUCUGCUACCUGACAAAUGUUGGUUCAAGAUCAUCUCAGUGCCAGAGACAAUGCAGGAAGGUGAUCAGGCGUUGAAGAGAAAGAUGGAUCAAGAUUUGAAUAAUGAAGCAGACAGUAAGAAAGCCUGUUUACUGUCCAGUAUGGAAGCUGCUGUGUCUCCUAAUAAAGUUUUAGACGCUACUUUUCAUGACAAAGAUCCACCAGAUGAGCCUAAGGAAUAUCCUGUUAAUGGAAAUGGGGAACAUGGAGACGCGGCUGCUACAGUUUCACAAAUCUAUCCCGCAAGCUCACCAGAAGGAAAUGAUAUGCCUGCAUCGAGUUCCAAGAUGUCGACGGACUCUCAGGAUGUAACUAAACCUUCUGUCAAGCACGAGAGUAACAGAAAACGAAAAGCAAAGAAUAUAAAUUUAAUGAAUAAAGGUACAACGAACAGCGAACCAAGCAAGAAGAUCAAAUGGAAUUGUGGUGCUCACUUCAGCGAUCAGAUCGAAGCAGUUUCGCCGAACGAUUCUCAGUCGCCUGUUGCUGCGCCAGAUCAAGCUCCAGAUCAAGCUCCAGAUCAAGCAAGUGCGUCAAAUCCCGACAGAGUCCCUAGAGAAAAGUGUAUAUACGGUGCUCAAUGUUAUCGAAAAAAUCCCAAUCACAAGAACAACUAUAGUCAUCCAAAUGAUUCCGAUUACGAUGAGGUUGACGACCGGGAGGAGUGUCCGUAUGGUAUCAAAUGCUAUCGUAAGAACCCGCAACACAAGGCGCAGUUCAAGCACUCGAUUGCGUCACGUGAUCGUCGCAGAGCCGGUACCCCUGUGCACUCGGUGAUCGUCGACAACACGUCCGAAACGGACGGAUCAUCCGCGGAAGAGUCUGUUGAUGAGUCCGACUAUGAGCCAUCCGUAUAUACGGAGAGUUCGGACGACUGGGACGACGGGGGAAGCGAGUUGGACGACGGUACAACUGGCUGACGAAGAUUAUCUGUCUCUUGUCAAAAACAGUCCUACGUUCUCGAAGGUGUCUAAAUUAUAAUGUGUCCGCAAUGCGCAGAUCUAUUUUGUUAUGGAAUAUUUAUUUUUGUACACGGAUUAAAAAUAUUGUACCUAUA